GUUUUUUUUCAUGUGACUUCAAUUUAUUUUGUGCUAAUAUAGUUGAUAACCUAUCAACAUUCAACAAUGUUAAGUUAUCAAUGAUAACAAAAAUGUUUUUAUCUAUGUUGUUUAUCUAGUAAUAACGACUAAUUAUUAUACUUUAUAGUAGUUCUAAGGUGGUAUAAUAUUAUUUGAUCGGUAUGAACAUAGUAUUUAGUAACGAACAUUAUGAUACGACUGUUAUCUGAGGUGUUCGGCAUGACGUGCCAUAUUGUAAUGCGAGUAUACUGUUGUACAGUCGACAAGUAACAAACACGUGUUUUAUAGGUACUCUAAACCUACUCAUUUUUCUAUAGUUUCUGUGUUUUUUGUUGAAAAAUUGGUUUUGAGUGAAUAAUGUCUGAUAAAACACCAAAUGUGUUUUCUGUAUUUAAUUUUAAGAAAAAAACAUGAAACGUGUAACAUCGAAACAGAAGAAGAGUACUGGUGAAGAGUGGCUUACUACAGAAUUAUCGACACAUUAAUUAUUAAUCUUAAAAGCAGAUUUUCAACCGAAAGCUUAUUAUUAGCCACUCGUUAGAUAGUUUUCUUAAAAUGGAUUCAAAAAACAGUGAAUAUUUUAUUAAUCAAUAUCGGUCAAUUUUAAAUGUCAAUCAAGAUGAUUUAAAGGCAGAGAUGCUCGUUGCUAAAAAUUGUGCAUUAAAUUUAAAUAAUGAUUUUGAAUUAGACACCAUCAAAGAAAUUGCGAAGAGGAAUACAUUUCCAAACACCUACAAGCUGUUUCAAGUAGCUCUAACCAUACCGAUAAGUUCGGCAACAUGCGAGCGAUACUUCUCAUGUAUGAGGCGCAUUAAAAAUUGGUUGAGAACAUCAAUGGAGCAAGAUCGAUUUUCAAAUUUAGCAAUUUUAAAUAUUGAAAGAGAUAUGUCUAAUAAUAUAAACAAUAAUGACAUACUGGAAAAAUAUAAUAAAAUAAAAAACCGACGAAUGUAG